AGGCUGAGUGGAGGCGGGAUGGCGCUGGAGGCGGUGUGCGGGCUGCCCGGGCGGCGGGAGUGGGGCGCGCCGGGCUCCGGAGGGGCUCUUCUGGGGCUGCAGCCGGGCGGAGUGGCGCAUUACGCCUUCGGGGCGCAGGAGGAGGCGCGCAUCGCGGUGCCCCCCGGCAGGCAGCCCUCUGAGUUCCUGCAGUCUCUCCGUGAGGGCAGCGGAGAUGGGCACCGGCUCGAGCUGGCCCACGGCACCACCACCCUGGCCUUCACUUUCCAGCACGGGGUCAUCGUGGCCACCGACUCCCGGGCUUCAGCAGGCAACUAUAUCGCUGAUCUGCUUUACAACAAAGUGAUCGAGAUCAACCCCUACCUCCUGGGGACCAUGUCCGGAAGUGCAGCUGACUGCCAGUACUGGGAGCGACUCCUGGCCAAACACUGCAGGCUGUAUUACCUGCGCAACAAGGAACGGAUCAGCGUCUCGGCGGCCUCCAAGCUCCUGGCGAACAUGCCCUCUGAGUACCGGGGGAUGGGCCUCUCCGUGGGCAGCAUGCUCUGCGGCUGGGACAAAAAGGGUCCUGGCCUUUACUAUAUAGAUGACAACGGGGUACGCCUGUCGGGCCCCCUCUUUUCCACGGGAAGUGGAAAGCCUUAUGCUUACGGGGUGCUGGACAGCGGAUACCGCCCUGACCUCAGCGUGGAAGACGCCUACGACCUGGGCAGGCGGGCCAUCUCUUACGCCACCCACCGUGACUCGUACUCUGGAGGGGUGGUGAACAUGUAUCACAUGAAGGAAGACGGCUGGAUCCGGGUUGGGCGCACUGAUGUCGCCAUGCUGCUCGACCAGUACGCAGAGGCCAAGAAAUGAGAUGCGAUGGGCAAGAACCGUGUGGUUCUUUGACAAUCAGGCUGAAGGGGAAAAGGGACGGGCUCUCAGGCCAAUAAAGAGACUUUUAACGUUUUG